CUAGUGCCGUUUGUGCCUCAAACUUCCCUUAUCUUCCGGUGCGUCGGGACCCAGAGCGCACUAAGUCAACACUUUUGGAGAGGGAGCCAAGGAGAAACAUGCGGAUAUGCUUCUUGUCACUUGAUUUGGCGGUGGGCUGUGGUGCCUCGGACUGAAGAGCACUCGGAGGAGCUCAAGGAAAGCGACUCAUGACAACAGGUUUUGUUGUACUGGUGCGUUUGACCUGAGCUUUACAUGAUGCUUCAGGGUGGCAUAAACCUAAGCUUUCUGUCUCACUCUGAGCGGGAGCUGAUCCUGGAGGUGCUGAGGCGAGAUGAAGAACUGCGCCAGGCCGAGGAUCAGCGCAUACGGAAGCUGAAGACUGAGUUGCUGGAUAUUAAGAGGAGAGGGGCCAAACGUGGCAGUGGAAAAUACAGUCAGCGUGUCUGUGGUCGCUGCCUGCAGCCUCUGAGCAGACUCUUGGCCUUUUCCAGUCCAUGCAGAAUGUGCCAUCAUUAUGUUUGCCACAGCUGCAGGGCUCCUGUCGGCCCAGGGGGCUCCUGGCUCUGCAGUGUGUGUGCCAUGGAAUCGGACCUAAAAAAGAGAACAGGUGAUUGGUUUUAUGAUCAGAGGGUCAACCGCUUCUCAACAACUCCUGGACAUGACCUUGUGAGAAGCUCUAUGAAAAUGAAAACUGCUCCAAUAAAAAAGCGUGGUGAGACUACAAGUGAAGCGCUAUUAAGAAGUUCAGAGGUAAUUCUUGAACUUCCAGCUCCUAUCUCUCAGCCAAGACUCAAUGAGGAAGCCACUCACAAAAGUAAUGCUUCGAGUGAAAAGUCUGGAUCCAUUGCUUCAAGGGAAUCUUUUGAAUUGAAGGAGGAUGUUUGGAACAAAUCAACCCAGAGUGACACAGAAUCUGCAGAAGUUAUGAGUUUGAAUAGCAGUAGAAUGGCAACAGAGUCUAACCACUUCACACCAGAACUGACAAGGAAACUGAUUGCCGGUGAAAUAGAUAUCACGGAUUACAGCUCGAAAACUGAACAUGACUGUGAGAUCAGAGAGAGCAAUUUAUCUCCUGAGAUGGAUGUAGAUCGACUUUUCAAGAAGAGUGUCAGGCGCACACAGAGGACUUCUGAGUAUACUUCGACUUUGGACCUACGCAAUGAGCCAGUUUUUCCUUCAGCCUCAGUGGUCACCAGGAGCAUGUCUGUGCCAGGACUGGAUGUACCAGAAGAAGAAGAGGAGGAGGAGGAUGAAGAUAUUGACAGCCUGGUUAGUUUCCAUAAAAGGAAUAUGGCUUCUAGCACCUCCAGCCUGAGUUCCAAGGGCACACUCGGCAGCACGAUGAGCAUCUACAGCGAGGCAGGGGACUACGACAGCGUGGACGUGAGUGGAGACCUGGUCUUCUCCAUCAGAUACGACGAACACACCCAGAGCCUCCAUGUCUUCAUCAAGGAGUGUCACGGCCUGGCUCACGGAGACUCAUCCCACCAUCAUUCUAACCCCUAUGUCAAAUGCUACCUUCUUCCUGAAAAAUCCCGUCAGAGUAAAAGAAAAACCAGCAUCAAGAGACACACAGUUAAUCCAGUCUUCAAUGAAACUUUGAAGUACACCAUCAGCCGAGCUCAGUUGUGCAAUCGCUCUCUGCUCAUAUCAGUGUGGCAUCAUGGCCGCUUGAGCCGCAACACUUUCCUGGGUGAAGUUGAGAUCGCUCUAGACUGCAGAGACUUGGACUCCCCGACAGAAGAAACCGUCAUCCUCAUGUCAAAGAAAACAUCUUCAGUACCAGUUUUUGCUCAGUAUAAAGGGGAGCUUGUAAUUUCUUUAAAAUACGUUACUCCUAAAACACAAACACCUGCAAAGCUAAAAGGUAAAAAGGAUAAGACUGAAGAGGGUGAGUUGCAUGUUCUCAUCAAAGAGGCAAAGAAUUUAGUAGCGAUCAAAAUGGGAGACACAGCAGACAGCUUUGUAAAGGGGUACUUGUUACCAACUAAAGGAAAGUCAACUAAGCGGAAAACCCCAGUUGUGAAGAAAAACCUGAAUCCUUAUUUUGAUCAUACAUUUGUGUACAAAGAGGUGGGUUUAGAGCAACUAAAGGAAAUGUGCCUUGAGCUGACUGUGUGGGACAGAGAAGCUAUGUCCAGCAAUGAAUUUCUGGGAGGAGUGCGCCUCAGCUCUGGAAAAGGAACUGUAAAAAUAGGAAAAGAAGAGGUACAAAUGGACUCUGUUGGAGAAGAACUCAGUCUUUGGCAGAAGAUGAUGCAAUACCCAGACUCGUGGGCAGAGGGCACUCUUCCACUGCGUUCUACAAUGGGAAAGUCCAAGGAAAAAUGAGAUCUCUUGAACUGAUGACUUGAUCUUAAAUUCCUUAGAGAUUUUCAAGAGAACUUGGAGGGUAAUAUUAACAUGUCAGCUGUAUGUUUGUGCCAUAAAUACUGGCUUUGCAGGAGUGCCUUAUGACAAUAUUAAAUUGUGAACUGAUUUCACUGUGGUGUUCUCAAACCAGCAUCUUCAGCACUUGACAGUUUCACAAUUUACACUAAUUUCACCACAGGAGCUUUUGUGAACUGUACCAAAACACUAAAUUGUCAUUACUUUUGUACUGAAGCAAAUAUACAAGAUUUAUUUUUAAAUAUAGAUAAAUAAUAUUGAAAUCUAGCACUUAUUACUAUAUUCAGGCCAUUUUAUUUGUACAUGUU